AGAUUAAAUUGUGUGAGAGAAAGUUGAGUGUUUUAUCUCCAAGUUAUGGAGAACGUGAGCAAAGUACAUUGUAGUGACUAGUUGGCACAUUCAGCACUGGGUGACACUGCGGACACCACAUGUGUCUCAGACAAAUGAGCAACUAAAUCACGUGUGAAAGCAAACUUUGUUGCUGUGUCUGUCGCUGCAGUUUCAUCUGCAACAAUCUAACGUCUCCGUCGGUCAACAAAGCGCGCGCCGACAUUUUCAAAGCCAAAGUCCGCCUUUUCCGCUCAGCGGCUCAGCCAAUCAGAGGCAGGGGACGGCUCAGCCAAUCAGAGGCAGGGGACGGCUCAGCCAAUCAGAGGCAGGGGACGGCACAGUGACAUUUAUUCCACGCGGCGUGUAUCACAGCUGUCUCCGCUGGCCAGCAGCUCGCUGCUCGCUCUUGUUUCACACACAGAGAGAGAAGAUGCCUGAAGCGGCCAAGUCUGCGCCCAAGAAGGGCUCCAAGAAAGCCGUCACCAAGACGGCCGCCAAAGGAGGCAAGAAGAAGAGGAAGACCAGGAAGGAGAGCUACGCCAUCUACGUCUACAAGGUGCUCAAGCAGGUGCACCCCGACACGGGCAUCUCCUCCAAGGCCAUGAGCAUCAUGAACUCCUUGGUCAACGACAUCUUCCAGCGCAUCGCCUCCGAGGCGUCUCGCCUGGCUCACUACAACAAGCGCUCCACCAUCACCUCCAGGGAGAUCCAGACGGCCGUGCGCCUCCUGCUGCCCGGUGAGCUGGCCAAGCACGCCGUGUCCGAGGGCACCAAGGCCGUCACCAGGUACACCAGCUCCAAGUAA